AUGAGAGAAGUCAUCAGCAUCCACGUCGGCCAGGCCGGCAUUCAAAUUGGAAAUGCCUGCUGGGAGCUGUUCUGCCUCGAGCACGGCAUUCAGCCGGACGGGCAAAUGCCCCCCGACCAAAGCCUGGGAGGCGGCGACGACGCCUUUAACACUUUUUUCUCCGAGACGGGGGCCGGGAAGCACGUUCCGCGGUGCGUGUUUCUGGACUUGGAGCCGACGGUGGUGGACGAAGUGCGCACGGGGACUUACCGGCACUUGUUUCACCCUGAGCAGUUGAUUUCGGGAAAGGAAGACGCUGCGAACAACUUCGCGCGGGGGCACUACACGAUAGGGAAGGAAAUCGUGGACUUGUCUUUGGACCGGAUCCGGAAGCUGGCGGACCAGUGCACGGGUCUGCAGGGUUUUCUGAUGUUCAACGCGGUGGGAGGCGGCACGGGCUCGGGUUUGGGGUGUUUGUUGCUGGAGCGGCUGUCAGUGGACUACGGGAAGAAGAGCAAGUUGAACUUUUGCUCGUGGCCGUCGCCGCAGGUGUCCACGGCCGUGGUGGAGCCGUACAACUCCGUGCUUUCCACCCACUCGCUCUUAGAACACACUGACGUGGCAGUAAUGCUGGACAACGAAGCGAUUUACGACAUAUGCCGGCGGAACUUGGACAUCGAGCGGCCAACGUAUACGAACUUGAACAGGCUGAUCGCGCAGGUGAUAUCUUCACUGACAGCCUCGCUGCGCUUCGACGGAGCUUUAAACGUGGACGUCACUGAGUUCCAAACGAACUUAGUGCCUUAUCCUCGCAUUCACUUCAUGCUUUCCUCUUACGCGCCGAUAAUCUCCGCCGAAAAAGCCUACCACGAGCAGCUGAGCGUGGCCGAGAUCACCAACAGCGCCUUCGAGCCCGCGAGCAUGAUGGCCAAGUGCGACCCCCGCCACGGCAAGUACAUGGCUUGCUGCUUAAUGUAUAGAGGCGAUGUUGUUCCAAAAGAUGUAAAUGCAGCAGUUGCAACAAUUAAAACCAAAAGAACCAUUCAGUUCGUGGACUGGUGCCCCACGGGAUUCAAGUGCGGCAUCAACUACCAGCCCCCCACGGUGGUUCCUGGGGGCGAUCUCGCGAAAGUUAUGAGAGCUGUUUGCAUGAUUAGCAAUAGUACGGCAAUUGCGGAAGUCUUCUCCAGAAUGGACCACAAGUUCGACUUGAUGUACGCCAAACGCGCCUUCGUCCACUGGUAUGUCGGCGAGGGCAUGGAAGAGGGGGAGUUCUCCGAAGCCAGAGAGGACUUAGCCGCAUUAGAGAAAGAUUAUGAAGAAGUUGGAAUUGAAACUGCUGAGGGAGAGGCUGAGGAGGAGGGAUAUGGAGAGGACUUCUAG